AUGAAUCUCGGCGGCGAUAUGUUGCCACAGUACCGGCAAGAAACACCGAAGACUUCACCGCAUAUCAUUCUUCACUAUUCGACGUUCAAAACAAUCUGGGACUGGUCGAUACUUGCUUUAACGUUCUACACUGCGUUUAUGGUUCCAUUCAAUAUUGCCUUCAAAAACAGGUACAUUUCAGAAUCAUUUAAUUUCACUAAGGUCAUUCCCAAGUAUAUGAUUAUUGUCGGUUCAAAAUAG